GUGUCACUUGACGUUUCGGAUUUUACGCACGAAACCCCUUUGCUGUAUUCCCGCAAGUUCUGUAUUCUGAUGUCGACAACAUGAGAAAGGCAUUCAUAAAACACGUCAAAAGGUUUCCGUGGCUUACCAACGUAACCCUCUACGGUUGCCUGUUUGCCGGUGGGGAUUUCGUUCACCAGGUGUUCUCGCGCAAUGAAAAAAUGGACUGGAGGCACACGCGCAAUGUGGCAGUGGUCGCUUUCAGUUUCCAUGGCAAGUUUCAUGCGCAACUUAACUUCUUCUGGGAUGCGGUUUUUGGAGCGCAAGAUUUUCCCGGGAAUUCGGUCAGGAUGGUUGUGCGUAAACUUUUCUUGGACCAGACCACAGCCGCUCCUCUGGCCACUAGUGUAUUCUACACAGGGGUGAGUUUCUUGGAGGGCAAAGAGGACAUUUUCCAGGACUGGAGGGAGAAGUUCCUGAAUACAUAUAAGACUGGACUCAUGUUCUGGCCAUUCAUGCAGUUCCUGAACYUUUCCAUGGUGCCGCUGUACAUGCGGACCACCUUCACAGGGUGCUGUGCCUUCGUCUGGGCCACCUUCUUGUGUUUUUCACRUCAGAGUGGGGACGGCACGGCUAACGCCGCCCUCGCAUGGAUGUUUAGUCCAAAACAGGAUACGACGACAGAGCCUGAAGCGGAGAAACUAGGGCCCAAAGUGGACCAGACAGGGCCAAAAGUGGACCAGACAAGGCCCAAACUAGACACAGAAGGACCCAAACCGGAGAACCCAAGCUCCAAAGAGGAGACACAAACACCCACUGUUAAGCAGGACGACCAAGCACGAACAAAGGAGGUGGAGGCUAGUUUGAACAAGGGCGCACAAACUGACACAACACCUAGCCAGGAGAAGGGACCACAGACAAGCACUGACUCAAAAUGAAUCUCUGGUAGAUUCUAGUUCUAUAGAACCUUCAGAUAAGAAUACUGUCUAUUUAUGAAUCUUAUAUCUCAAAAUGUUCUCAUCUUGAAACGUUCAAUUCCAAUGUGCUAUGCUACUGCACAARAUGUCGGCAGGGUGUAACGUAUUGCUAUACAAAGAGGCUUUUGUAUUUAUUGAAAUUGUUAUUGAUAACAAUUGGAUCCAGCAUUCUUAAACAAACCAUACUGGAACAUAGAAGUGCUAUGAAGUGCUCUCUCUCUCUCUCUCUCUCUCUCUCUCU